AUGCGGGAGCUGGCGAUCGAGAUCGGCAUACGGGUCGUGCUCUUCGGGGUCUUCGUCCCCCUGACCAAGAGCCACCUCACGCUGGGCUGUGGCGGCGAGGCGGGCCCCGGGGCGGGGGAGCUCACUGAGCUGCCGCCUGCCCUCCCGGGAGCCCUGAGCGAAGGGCACUGUCGCCGUUCCUCUGUCCGGGCUGCUUUUACAGAAUUUUUGGAUCCAUUCCAGCGGGUUAUCCAGCCAGAAGAGAUCUGGCUGUAUAAAAAUCCUUUGGUGCAAUCAGACAACAUCCCUACACGUCUUAUGUUUGCAAUUUCCUUCCUUACACCACUAGCAGUCAUUUUUGUGGUGAAAAUAAUCCGGCGGACAGACAAGACUGAAAUUAAAGAGGCUUUCUUAGCUGUUUCCUUGGCUCUAGCUCUGAAUGGUGUCUGCACAAAUACAAUUAAAUUAAUAGUGGGAAGACCGCGUCCCGAUUUCUUUUACCGCUGCUUUCCAGAUGGAGUAAUGAACUCUGAAAUGCACUGCACAGGUGAUCCAGAUCUGGUGUCUGAAGGCAGAAAGAGCUUUCCGAGUAUCCACUCUUCCUUUGCAUUUUCAGGCCUUGGCUUUACCACCUUCUACUUGGCUGGAAAGUUGCACUGCUUCACGGAGAACGGGCGGGGGAAGAGCUGGAGGCUCUGUGCCGCAAUUCUCCCUCUCUACUGUGCCAUGAUGAUUGCCCUGUCACGGAUGUGUGAUUACAAACAUCACUGGCAAGAUGCUUUCGUCGGGGGAGUCAUUGGCCUCAUUUUUGCUUAUAUUUGCUACAGACAGCACUACCCUCCCUUGGCUAAUACAGCUUGUCACAAAUCUUAUGUCAGCCUGCUAGAUCAGAACUCUGUGAAGAAAGAAGAGAGACCUACAGCAGACAAUGCAGCUGGCCUGCCUCUGGAGGGGAUAACUGAAGGUCCUGUAUGA